CUAACACCUAACCUGUGAUAAUUCUGCCAUCUUUGAUUUCUGGGAACAUGGGCAGCCUAAAUAUUAGGAGAGGUGCUAUGGAUCCUAUCGUUUGCUGUAUUUUCUGCAUCUUUCUUUAUAACAUGGGGAAGGUGGACUCUCAACAAUGCCAGUCAACUAGUAGCAUGGUACAGCUAUUAUUUGAGGAAGUGGAAACCAGCAAAAUUAGUCCAGCACCGAGCCGGGACUGGGGAGCACUAUCACCCCUCUUUAGGAUGGACAGGCUGUUUUUGGAUGCUGUACAGCCUAACCCAUUCCCAGAAGACAUUCUGCGUGUGGCUUUUAGAAAUAGUUCGUCAUUAAAAACUUCUGAAGUGAUAAAAUACGAGGCAGGGUAUGUUAUCUGCGCUGUGAUUGCCGUUUUGUUCAUCAUCUUCAUGCUGGUUUUGGGGAUUUUCUACUGUGUAGCCGAGAGUCGCAGAAGGAGGAUCUUCGAAACCUGCGAUGGAGUCAUCUGCCAGCCAUGGCCAAUAUUCACGGCCCUUGUUAUCACUUGCUGUAUAUUAUUUGCUGGGCUGGUUUGUUCCUUCUAUCUGAAUGAGAAAGUCCAUCAAGAAGUUAGAACUGGAACAGAGGACUUUAGCAGGACAUUGGAGGACUUCCGCAGUUCCAUAAACAGCAUCCCCCAGGCUAUUGAAAAGGUGACAUCUGAAUUCUCUGUUCCUAAAUUGAAAGUUUAUGAGGAAUUAGAGAAGUUUGGCGUUGCCAUCGGCCGUUUGGCUAAUUCUAAGCUCAAUGAUGAAAUUUAUCCUAUUCUACAAAAUGGUCUCCAGACAGCUAAACAACUCGAGAGAGCCAUCCAGCUCAUAGUGGACGUGAAUGUGACUAUGGCGAAACUUCAACAAGGACAGAGCGCUGUGGUUCAGCAGCUCAACACCCAUAGACAGACCCUGCAAAGAGUCCUCUCUGACCCAUUAUGUGAAAACUGCAGCCAGCUUGCGGGCAAUCUACAAACGUUGGAACUUAGUUUGAACUACAGCCAGAUUCCUUCUGUGGAAGAAUAUCUGAAUAAAUUAAGCAAUGUGAGAAGAAUCAACAUGUCAGGAAUCUUUCAGCAGGGGUUUCAGGCCUUAAAUGAAGUUCCAAAACUUGUGAACAGUCAGACUUCCAGAACUAUUAAUGAUGCCAAGAUGACCCUGGACAGAACUGAGCAGGAAAUCAAAUCCUAUGUUACGAGGAUACCCAUACGCCAAUACACUGAUCCUAUCAAUACAUCAUUAAUAAAUUUUAAAGAGACAAGUACUACUUAUGAGAAGGAGGUGGAACGUUAUGAGAAUUACAGGUGGGUGGUUGCAAUUGUCCUCCUCUGCGUGAUUCUCCUCAUCGUUGCCUGCACUUUCCUCGGGCUGCUGAUUGGACUUUAUGGGCUGUACGUCGACAAGGAUCCUCUGGACAGCACCUUGAAAAGGAGGCCUGGAUUUAUAUUGCUUAAAGUCGAGGUGUACCUGUCCUUCAUUUUUUCGUGGCUUCUUAUUAUUUUAGUAUUUAUAACGUUUCUAGUUGGAGGAAACAUGCAAACGCUGGUGUGCAAAAACUGGGCCAAUGGCAACAUUUACCGGUUUUUGGAUAACCCUGAAAAUCUUCCACCAAAUGUAAACUUGAGGGCUCAGCUGGGACUUAGGGAAAAUGCCAGCAUCACGGAUCUUUAUGAACAGUGCAAGAGGGGGGCUCCAAUCUGGGACAUAAUUCAGAUGAACACUAUUGAUCUAGAUAGCGCUUUCAACAUUACUAGGUACACAUCUGAUCUCCAGAGCAAGAUCGACAGCUUAACUGUGGAUGUGGAAGGACUUGACCUUUUCACAAAUAUCGCAAUACUGUUGCUGUCAGAAUAUAAGGAUGCUGGGCUGGGACAAGUACCUGUCACCAACAUCACUUCACGGAUUCAGACCCCUUCGCUGACUAUGAAUAUUGCGCAGUUUGCGGGAGCACUGGGAAGUCUUGCGGCCAACCAGAGAGAUCCGACAAUACGCAGCGAGCUGCAGAAUAAAUCCACAUCUCUCAGAGGUUCCUCCGUGCGGGAACUAGAAUUGGAUACGAGGAAGCUGAAUGAUAGUUUGCGUUCAUUGGCAGAGUUGACUCCUACACUACCGAGUGCAAUAGACAGUGCAAUCCAGGGUGUCCAAACCCUACAAGGACCACUUGUAAGAAACACCAUCGAGCUGCUAAAAAAUGAAGGCCGGUGUUUGUUCAAUCAGUCCAUUGGAUACUUCGUCCAAUACAUGGACUGGGUCAAAAGGAUGGUCACACAGGAGAUUUCCUCCUGCCGUUCAGUUCCUCAAACACUUGACAGAGCUCGUAUUAUACUCUGUGACAAUGUGACCGAUCCUUGGAACGGCUUCUGGUUCUGUCUUGGAUGGUGCACCUUUUUCCUGAUUCCAAAUGUCAUCUUCAGUAUCAAAUCAUCCGAACACAUAAUGCCCCUGGAAUCAAGGUUUCGAGGACUUCUCCCUGAAGAAGAGAACUUAUUUCAAAUGACCGAAUACCCAGCACCUGAGAGAAAUCAUGUUCUCUGGAUAUAGAGAAAAAAAUAGGGAGUGAAAUACCUCUACCACUACAGCUGCUAAUAUCUGAUUGGAUUGUUGAGCCUAAAGGAGAUUGUAUUAGAUGAUGAUAUUGUUCAUGAAAAUACAAGUUCCAGCUGUCUCUCACUAGCUCAGUCGAAAAUCUAUGUUCCACUCUAGUCCAGCAUUCUGCUCACUACUGGACCAAAUCACUAUGGAUCGUUGGCGCGGGUUGAAAUAAUCAAUAACUUGGAUGCCAGACCUUCGUUCUGCACAAUACUUGUACCAAGGCCAAGAUACUCAAAAAAAGGAGAAAUUGUCUUGUAAAGCGUUUGUUAUCUUGACACUUUUGUUUUAGAAAUCAUUUGGGAAUCUCCGAUGAACAUAACUAAGUUUUCAAAAUAAUACAUAUUGGCCUCCGUGUUCAAAAAGUAGCAAUUCAGGUGAAAGGGAUUAACAGAGGUCUUAUCAUCAUAGCUGCCAAUCUAUUAGUCCACUCAGCAGGACAAUUGGUUUGUUGCUUUCAGCCCAAUUUUGUUAUCCGUAACCCUACAUUUCUCAGGUAUGG